GCCACCUGCUAAGGCAUAAAAGCCUGGUGUCUGCCUAGGCAGCUUCUGAGACUGCCACCAUGAAGGGAAGCAGCACUCUCCUGCUAGUGGCCCUCACUGUGCUCUCCACCUGCGGGCUGGCCAAAGCAGAGGACAACAGUGAAUUCUUCAUGGAGUUCCUGCAAGUGCUGCUGGUUGGAAGCCCAGAGGAGCUCUAUGAGGGGCCAUUGGGCAAGUACAAUGUCAACCAGGAUGCCAAGGAGGCAAUGACAGAGCUCAAAUCCUGCAUUGAUGGUCUGCAGCCCAUACACAAGAUGGAGCUGGUCAAGUUGCUGGAGCAAGUGCUGGGCAGUGAGGAUGACGCCUGAGUGGACCUCAGACAUGGCUCCCGACAGCACAGGACCAGCCACACCAGCAGCCCUGGAUGUGCUGCCUAUAGCUGCUUCCCCACAAGUAAACUGACCCUCAAGCUGUUAGACCAAUAAAGCCUCCUGCAGCCCAGGCACUGGCUCCUGUUUUUCCCCUGACACAGG